UUGCUGUAGCUCAGUGCAUAAACCAGCACAGUGUAUCACCAGCAUCUUCCCCAUCACCUCCUUCAAGCAGCAGCUCCAGCGGAAGCACUGGGCCUUGUGAUUCAAUCACCACCAGUCUCACAUCAACUCCUUCUACAGUCCAGAGCCCGUCAGGUCUGGCAGGAAAGGAAGAUGGCGAGUGUUUAGUCUAUCGGAGGCAGACAGUCAUGGAGGACACUGGGUUUAGACACUCGAGCAGCAGCUGCCUCAAUGAUUCUUCCAUUCUUGACCAACCUCCAGUGACAGUUUACAGUGAAAUGGAGACUACUGAAGAGACUCUGUCAUCUUCCACUCGAAUUAGGAAGAGUUCCUUACGAAAGCAAGACAGUGAGAUCACCAACCUGGCUCCUAGCCUGACUCCAGCACCCCAGCCAACAAUUUCCUUAAUAUCUGAUAACACUGAUGCUCUUAGUGCUGAAUCUCUUACUUUGGUUCCUCCUGUUGAUCCAGAGAGUAUUCACACUUUCAGUUGUAUUUUGGAAUCUGACAGUGACCUACGGAAAGGUGAAAAUGCUAAACACAGUGUCACAGUGGAGGAAGAUUAUAAACAGUGACAGUGCAAUACCAAUUCACAUCUGUUUUAUUAUGUAAUUUGAAAAUGCAUAUUGUCAGCAUCAUUGAAACUUUCAAGUAACCUGCGCUCACACAUAUGGUGUUUUCCCUUUUGGGCUGAGGAAUAUCGAAAUUACCUAGAUUCCUCCCAUUACUGUCACAUUAUCUCUAGAUAGUAAAUAUGCACAUCCAUGUUUAAGAGCUACUGGCCUGUUCCUGCAAAUGCUGCAUUCAGUCUUUUCAUGCUACUGUAUCAAUGGCAAAAUAUUUCCAGCAACUAAUAGUUGGAUAUUCUUACCCAUUGUAAAAACCAUUGUUAUUCAUCACUUUUUAAAGCUUAUAUUUUGAUAGUGAAUAAUUUUCCAUAGCUUACAUAUG